UGUCUACCGGCUUACUUUCCUUUGUAGUGCUUCGCAUCUAAUGCACCACGAUUGAAGCAGUAGGAACACAGGCAGCAAGCUUGUUUUGCUUUUUUAGUUGGUUGUAGGAAUGGCGCACACUGCAACUUUAAGAAAACUACAUGCCUCCUACAGUCAGUUGAUCAAAGGUUGCAAUACAGCAUGGAAGAAGUCAUUCUCAUUGGCAGCUGCAAGUAAUGCUGCACAACAGGUUACUGUCAGGGAUGCUCUAAAUAUGGCCAUGGAUGAAGAGAUUGAGAGAGAUGAUCGUGUCUUUUUACUUGGUGAAGAAGUAGCACAAUAUGAUGGUGCAUACAAGAUUAGUAGAGGUUUAUACAGAAAACAUGGUGAGAAGAGAAUUAUGGAUACUCCAAUAUCAGAGAUUGGGUUUGCUGGUAUUGCAACUGGAGCAGCCAUGGCUGGCCUAAGACCAAUAUGCGAAUUUAUGACAUUUAAUUUCGCCAUGCAAGCUAUAGAUCAGCUAAUUAAUUCUGCGGCCAAAACAUACUACAUGUCAGCUGGAGAAGUAAACGUUCCAGUUGUUUUUCGUGGACCUAACGGUGCAUCAGCGGGAGUGGCCGCCCAACAUUCGCAGUGUUAUGCUUCUUGGUAUGGUCACGUUCCGGGAUUAAAGGUACUAUCGCCGUGGUCUGCAGAAGAUGCGAAAGGGCUGCUAAAGAGUGCUAUUCGAGAUAAUGAUCCUGUGGUAUUUCUUGAGAAUGAAAUUAUGUAUGGAAAAGCGUUUGAUAUGACCGAGGAGCAGUUGCAUCCCGAUUAUGUGCUUCCUAUCGGAAAAGCUAAAGUAGAGAAAGAAGGAACGGAUAUCACAAUAGCUGCUCAUUCAUUGGGUGUACAAAAAGCUAUGGACGCACUUCCCGAGUUAGAAGCAGAGGGGAUAAGUUGCGAGAUCAUCAAUAUGCGUACGAUUCGACCAAUGGAUGCAGACACCAUUAUUGAAAGUGUGAAGAAAACGAAUCACUUGAUCACUGUUGAAGGUGGCUUUCCACAGUUUGGAGUCGGAGCAGAAAUCUGCGCCAAAAUUAUGGAAAGUGAAGCAUUCGACUAUCUCGACGCGCCAGUGUACCGAGUGACAGGGGCGGAUAUACCAACACCAUACGCGAAUAAUUUAGAAGUGAAUUCUUUACCGCAACCACACAACAUUGUAAGGACUGUAAAAAAAGUGCUCGGAAUGAUAUAAAAAUACUUAAAACUUGACAUAGAUGUAAAUGUGAAAAUGUAAAUACUUUUUACAAAUGACGAAAACCAUUUACAAGUCGAAAACCCUUUGAAAAAAAUUCUUGGCUUUUUAUGUCCACUUUAAAGUCAAAAAAAUCGCGAAAUCAAGGGAAAAAAUAUUCGCGAAUGUCUCCUAUUAGAUCUCUCGCGAGAAUUAACGUUUGCGAUGAUAAUUGUAGUGAUAUUUAGCGAGAGUAAAUUUUCGCGAUACGUGUUCAAGGACGUCGCAAAUAAUGUGUAUAGUUUCAGUCAUCAACAAUUCAAA